AUGGGGCCUUAUAUAAAUCAGAAGAAUCAACCCAUGUCCUUAUUGAUAAGAAAAUUAAAAUUUGAUACAUCACCAUCAAUUGUAAGAGAAAAGUUUAAAAGAUUUGGAGCGAUUAAAGAUGUAUAUUUACCAAUAGAUUAUUAUACAAAAGAACCUCGAGGUUUUGGAUUUGUCGAAUUUUAUGAUGCAAAGGAUGCUGAACAAGCAUUAAAAGAAAUGAAUGGUUCAGACAUUGAUGGGAGUAGAAUAGAAGUUUUUGUAGCACAAAAAGGAAGAUCAGAUCCAAGACAUAUGAGAUAUAAAGAAAAAGGAGGAUAUGCAUAUAGAAAAAAUCCAGAUAAUAAAAUAAGAAGAAGAUAUAUAUCUAAAUCAAAUUCAAGAUAUGGAUCCCAUUCAAGAGAUAAAAUAAGAAGACGCGAAAGAUCAAAAGAAAGAUUUAGAUAUAGAAAUAGUUAUGAUAGAAAAAUGAGUAGUUAUAGAGAUAGAAAAAGUUAUCACAUGAAAAGUUAUGACAGAUAUCGUGAUAAAAAUCAUGAUAGAAGUUUAAGUAGAAGAUCAAGAGAAUAUCGUAAUAAUACAUCAAGAUAUAGAGAUAAAAGAAGAUAUGAUAAAUCUUAUAGAAGUACUAGUCGAAGAACUAGUAGAUAUGACAAAAGAAAUGAAAAUUAUAAAUCUAAAUAUAAUAAUAGUAACGAUGAUUAUAGUGAUGAAACCAGAAACUCAAGUAAACAUUCUAGAAAAGAACAAGUGUCUAGAUCUAUUUCUUUUAAUUCAGAAAAAGAUGAUACCAAAAAGAAAAAUGAUAAUACAAGUGAAAGAGAUAAUUCAAAUGAAUGGAAAGGAAGUGAACAAAGAAAAGAGGAAGAUGACGAGGAAGUAGAAAAGGAGAAAGAAAAUGAAGAAGAGGAAGAAGAAAUUUAUGAUUAA